GCGGGGGGUGGCUCCUCCAGUGCAGCGCGGCCUGGCGGCCCGAUGUCGGCGCCGGCCCCGCCCCCCGGCGGGAGCCACGGCGACGCCCGCGGCGCUGCGCCGCCCGGCGCGAGGCCAUGUCCGCUGUGGGAGGCGGCGAGCCCGGCUUCGGCGACGCGACCCUGGAGCCGCGCCGCAAGAGCGUCAGGUUCGCUGACAGCACGCCUUCCGGAGACCACGCCGACGUUCCGCGCGCCGCCACGGGGCCCCUGGACUCGGCGCUGCUGCGGGCCGACCUGUUCGAGGUCAUCAACACAGACAACGACGGCUUCAUCACGCGCGACGAGCUGCUGCGCUUUCAGCUGGACCAGUGGCGCCAGCGGCUGCAGCCUCUGGUCGAGGUGGAGCUGUCCCGGGAGAUGGUGCGUGGCCUGCGGGAGGCCGACGAGGCCCAGAGGCGCGAGCUCGCGGCGCUGCGAGAUCGACUCGCGGACGCGCCGCAGCUGUUGCAGCGGGCCAAGGAGGCCGCGGAGCGCGCGGAGCAGGUGCGCCUGGUGGAGCGCCAGCUGCAGGAGAAGCGCCUCGUGGCCGGGGAGGCCUUCGAGCACGCGCGGCGGCAAGCGCGGCGCCUGCGCCAGGAGGUGGAGACGCUGGAGGGCCGGUGCGCUGCCGACGAGAGGCGUGCGGAACUGCUCGCCGGCGCGCUGGAGCGGGUGCGCGACCGAGCGACCCAGCGGGGCCUCGGGUCGGUAGCGUCCCUGACGGUCGAGCUGGAGGGCCUCGGCAGCCUGGACACGCCACAGCUCAAAGAGCUGGUCCGCCUCCUCCUCGUCUCGGCCAGGAGGGUGCUCGGUGCGCCCGAGGCGGUGACGGGCUGCGGGGCCAUUGGGCCAGACAACGACGAAGAUGCCGUGGCCGUGUACUUCUGCCAUCCAGGGCCUCUGCGCUCCUCGCUGGAGCUUGUCGACAGGAUGAGGCACAACCUCGCGCAGGCCAGGAAGGAGGGAACGCUCUCGAGCACCCUGGAGGGCGGCCUCAGCGAGCUGCGGAACCCGGGCCUAGCAGUGGCAGGCGUGUCCCAGCUGGCCGUCCACGACAGCGUGGAGGUCACCAUCCCGGAGGGGCUCGGCGUGGAAGACAUCGGCUGCGAGCUGCUUGGCGAGCCGCCCGACGCGGUCUUCGUGAGCGGCGACGUCCGCUUCCAGGGCUGGGCAGACCGGGCUGGCCUGGCGGCUGGCGAUCUGGUCCUGCUGGCCGACGGGGGUCCCCUGUGCGCGCUCGAGCCCCCUCAGCUCCAGGGCGCCCUGCAGCGCACGCGGCCGCUGAGCCUGCUCGCCUGCAGGCCGGCCGGGCAGCGGUCGGCGGCCGCGCUGGAGGACAGGGCGGCCGCGAGGCUCCAGGCCGCCUGGAGGCAGCGGCAGGCGCGCGCCGAGGCUCGCGCCGGGCGGGGACAGCUGGCCGCGCAGCAGCAGGAGCGGAGGCUGGAGCACGAGAGGAGGAACCAGGAGCAGCGGGAGCGUGACCAGCGGCACCGCCAGCGUCUGGAGCAGGCCAGGCUGAAGGAGAGGGCGCAGGACGAGGAGGGCCUGCGUGGGCACCACCCAGGCGAGCCGAGCAGGGCACGCUCCGAGAGCAGGCGGAGCCUCUUCCCGGCACAGGGGCCCUCGGCGAGCCCGCCUCCGCCGCGCGCCUCCUCGGAGGCCCCGCGGACGACGGACCCGCUCCGCCCACCGGCGUCGGCCUCGCGCGCCGCGCCGCAGAGCAGCCUCGGAGCUCCCACCUUGCCCGCGCUCGCCCCGGGCGGGGAGGAGCGCUUCCAGGUGAGCCUCUCGCGCCAGGAGCUGGAGACUCUGAAGGAGUGGCACAAUGCGGAGCAGCGUAGGCUCUCUGCCGUGCUGGGCGGGCAGGAGGUUGCGCACCAGGCGCUGGCUGCGGGCCUCUCUGUCGGGCCACCUCCCGCCGCUGCGCCAGUGCAGCGGGUAUCGACCGUCCAAGCUGGAGGCCCCCAGGCCGGGACGCCUGCACGAGCCGGGCAGCAGCCAUCGCGAGGACAAUCUGAUCACGAGACGGAGUACGAGUACGAGACUGACGUGGAGGGCGUGGGCCCCUCUGUCGGGCCACCUCCGGCCGCUGCGCCAGUGCAGCGGGUAUCGACCGUCCAAGCUGGAGGCCCCCAGGCCGGGACGCCUGCACGAGCCGGGCAGCAGCCAUCGCGAGGACAAUCUGAUUACGAGACGGAGUACGAGACCGAGACUGACGUGGAGGGCGUUGGGCCCUCCAGCAGGGCGGUGGCGGCCGCAGCACCAGUGCAGCCGCCUCCUGUCCAAGCCGCAGGCCCCCAGGCCGGGACGCCUGUACGUGCCGUGCAGCAGCCAUCACAAGAUCAAUCUGAUUACGAGACUGAGUACGAGACUGACAAGGAGGAUGUCGUCAAGGACUUCCAGCAGAAGGAGGACCACCAGCAGCGGCUGGGACAAGAGGAGCAGCAGCAGCGGCUUGGCCAGCAGCAGCAGCAGCAGCAGCAGCAGCAUCAACAGCAGCAGCAGCAGCAGCAGCAGCAGCAGCAGCAGGAACAGCAGCAGCGGCAGGAGCAGCUGCGGCUGCGGCAGCAACAGCGACGGCAGCAGCGGCAGCAGCAGCAGCAGCAGCAGCAGCAGCAGCUGGCGCAGCAGCGGCUGCGGCAGCAGGAGCCUCGGCCUGACGUCACUGCCUCCUCCUCUCCAGCAGCGCAGCAGCUCCAGCCGCAGGCAGGGUCGGACGCGCGCCGCCCAGAGGCCAUGCCUUCCCAGUUGCAGGCCCAGAACGGCAGGCUCGUUGGGGUGGUGCACCAGCCGCAGGCGGAGAGCCUUCCUGGCAUGCCAGGGGCGGCCGCGGCACCAGGGCAGCCUUCGGCCGUCCCUGCCGGAGGCCCCCAGGCGGGGACGCCCGUAGGUCCUCGGCAGCAGCCAUCACAAGGAGUGCCCGAGGAGGAGUCUGAUGAGUACGAGACUGACGAGGAGGGCGAGGGACGCUCUGGCGGGCCGCCGCCGGCCGCUGCGCCAGCGCAGCCGCCGUCGGCCGUCGCGUCCAGCGGCCACCCGAACGGGGCGCCCGCUGGCAUGCCGGUGGCGGCCGCGGCACCAGGGCAGCCUCCGGCCGUCCCAGCCGGAGGCCCCCAGGAGGGAACGCCCGUAGGUCCUCGGCAGCAGCCAUCACAAGGAGUGCCCGAGGAGGCCGUCGCGUCCAGAGGUCACCCGAACGGGGCGCACGCUGGCAUGACCGUGGCGGCCGCCGCAGCACCAGGGCAGCCUUCGGCCGUCCCAGCGGGAGGCCCCCAGGCGGGGACGCCCGUAGGUCCUCGGCAGCAGCCAUCACAAGGAGUGCCCGAGGAGGAGUCUGAUGAGUACGAGACUGACGAGGAGGGCGAGGGACCCUCUGGCGGGCCGCUGCCGGCCGCUGCGCCAGCGCAGCCGCCGUCGGCCGUCGCGUCCAGCGGCCACCCGAACGGGGCGCCCGCUGGCAUGCCGGGGGCGGCCGCGGCACCAGGGCAGCCUUCGGCCGUCCCAGCCGGAGGCCCCCAGGCGGGGACGCCCGUAGGUCCUCGGCAGCAGCCAUCACAAGGAGUGCCCGAGGAGGAGUCUGAUGAGUACGAGACUGACGAGGAGGGCGAGGGACGCUCUGGCGGGCCGCCGCCGGCCGCUGCGCCAGCGCAGCCGCCGUCGGCCGUCGCGUCCAGCGGCCACCCGAACGGGGCGCCCGCUGGCAUGCCGGGGGCGGCCGCGGCACCAGGGCAGCCUUCGGCCGUCCCAGCCGGAGGCCCCCAGGAGGGAACGCCCGUAGGUCCUCGGCAGCAGCCAUCACAAGGAGUGCCCGAGGAGGAGUCUGAUGAGUACGAGACUGACGAGGAGGGCGAGGGACGCUCUGGCGGGCCGCCGCCGGCCGCUGCGCCAGCGCAGCCGCCGUCGGCCGUCGCGUCCAGCGGCCACCCGAACGGGGCGCCCGCUGGCAUGCCGGGGGCGGCCGCGGCACCAGGGCAGCCUUCGGCCGUCCCAGCCGGAGGCCCCCAGGAGGGAACGCCCGUAGGUCCUCGGCAGCAGCCAUCACAAGGAGUGCCCGAGGAGGAGUCUGAUGAGUACGAGACUGACGAGGAGGGCGAGGGACGCUCUGGCGGGCCGCCGCCGGCCGCUGCCCCAGCGCAGCCGCCGUCGGCCGUCGCGUCCAGAGGUCACCCGAACGGGGCGCCCGCUGGCAUGCCGGGGGCGGCCGCGGCACCAGGGCAGCCUUCGGCCGUCCCUGCCGGAGGCCCCCAGGCGGGGACGCCCGCAGGUCCUCGGCAGCAGCCAUCACAAGGAGUGCCCGAGGGGGGCAAGAGACCUUCUGGCAGACCGUGGCUCAUGGACGAGGAGGCCGCUGCGACGAAGAUACAGGCGGCCUAUCGUGGCAAGGUUGGCAGGGACGACGUCGCUUUCCAGAGGAGGAUGCAGGAGGACGCCCGUAGGAUCCACGAGAUGGACGGCGUGGACGACCUCCUGCUCGGUUUGCUGGACGAGGGCGACGCUGAGGAUGAGGCAGACGGCACACCUUCAGCCGCGGGCGUGUGUGGGCAGCCAGCGGGGCACGUGGGCGCGCGGAGCAGCGCGGACAAUCUGUUGGCCGGCCUGCUGGACGACGAGGGCGAGAUCGAGGACGAUGGCCAGGGUUUCCCUCCGUCCGUGGAGGAGGCCGCCGCCACGCGACUGCAGGCGGCCUUCCGCGGCCACCACUCGCGGGCGGCCUGGCACGGCGAGAAGCAGCGGCCGCCGGACCCCUCGCAGUUCAGCCGCGUGCUGGCGGCUCGGGACGGGCCGCACGGCCUCGGCGUGCGGCCGUCCAGCGACCUCAGGGUGCCGCGGGUCGCUCCCGGCACCUGGGCCGCGAGGGUCGGCGUGCUUCCGGGCGACGAGCUGCUGGCGCUGGACGGGUACCUGGCCGCCGAGAUGGCGGACGACGCCUUCGAGGAGGCGAUGGCCAGCGAGCGGCCCCUGCGGCUGUCUUUCGUGCGCGCGGCGGCGUCGACGCUGGCCCCGCCGCGCGAGCAGAGCAAGGUCCCCGCCCAGGGUCCGAGGCAGGGCAAGGCUGGCGCGGCCUCCGCCAAGGAGCCGAGGCUCAUGCACGGACGGGUGGAGGUGGGCACCGACAAUUUGGGGUGGUCGCCUGUGUCCUUGCGCCCAAAGGGGCCCCUGGGCCCGGUGGCCGUGAAGAAGGUCGCGGCCGACGGCUGGGCGUCCCAGAUAGGGGUGGAGAAGGGCGACGAGCUGGCUCUCGUAGACGGCCAGAGCCCCGACGGUCUGGAGAAACACGAGCUGAUAGCGCUCUUGAAGCGCCGUCCGGUGGACCUCACCUUUCGGCGCGCCGCGGCCGGCAGCCCAGCCGCAGCGGUGCGCGAGAGCUCCAGCCUGGGCGCUCCCAGGACGAGCGACCGACAGCUCGACUCGGUCCGGCGCGGCGAGGGUCCAGCCGGGGCAUCGGGUGGACAUGCCACGCGGCCGCCCUCGUCUGGCCGACUCAGCGCGCUCGUAGAUGCCGAUGCGCGUGGUGCGCACAUGUCACAUGAUGUGUUCACCGUAGUCGCGACCGAGGCCGACCCCGGCGGCGAGAUGGGCUGGGUGCCGGAAAUGGGUACAGGCGAGGGUGGGCUCGUCGAGUUCAUGCGGGUACAGAGCGUCGAGCUGGGGUCUUGGGCCGCCCGCAAAGGGCUUGCCCCUGGCGACGAGCUGCUCAUGGCCAACAGCCUGCAGGUCGUCGGAACCCACAAGAAGGCCCUGAAGGCGGAGAUCCGGUCGGCGCGGCCCCUGCGCCUAAAGUUCCGCAGCGCUGUGCCGCUAAAGGGUCGGGCUGGCGCCGCGGAGCUGGAGCCCUCAGGUGCCCGGGGCGGCUCCUCGCCGGCCCGGGCCGCCCGGGAGCCGUCGAUCGAGCUGGCGGAGCUGCUCGCGGGCGAGGAGCUCACGCUGCGGCUGGAGGAGGGCCAGGAGGGCACCAUGCUCGGCUUUAGCCCGGACACUUGGCCGCCGAACCCGGUCUUCGUCGACAGUGUGGAGAUCGGUGGCUGGUCGCAUAAAGGCGGCGUGGAGCAGGGGGACAGGCUCGUGAGAGUGAACGGGCAGCUGGCGCACGAGAUGGAGAAGAAGGAGCUCAAGCGCGCGAUGCGCGCGAGGCCCCUGGAGCUCACCUUCGUGAAGCCCACGGACGACGAGACGCCUCGUGACACCUCGACCAUCGGCUCCCGUCCACUGAGCCCGAUGAAGGCUGCUUCGAGCUCGCAACUCCAGGACACCUCGGCUAUGGCCGUGGUGUUGCGGGCAGGGGAUAUGGAGAGGGCCGCCCUGAGACUGCAGCGCAUCUUCCGUGGCCAUCAGGGCCGCAAGGUGGCCAAGGAUAAGAAGGAAGAGCGGAACUUCUACACGAGCUGGGACAACAUCACCCCGAGCUACACGAAAGAACAGACGGGCGGGAAGACGGAAAGCAAGAAGAGAGUGGAGGUGAACUACUACCCGCAGAUGGAGAUAGACUUCAAGUUCGAGGGCGGGGGCACCGAGCCAGCCAUCGUGACCAAGGUGGCGCCCGAGGGGCACGCUGAGCGCCUGGGGCUGAGGCCUGGCUUCAAGCUGGUGCUGAUUGGAGGGAAGGAGACCACCAGCUUGACCAAGGAGGAGCUGAAGAAGAGGCUGAAGAAUAAACGCCCCCUGAGCCUCACGUUCAUCCAUGGGAAGCAGAAGGUGACAGAGGAGAAGGCGAAGGGGCAGAAGGCGAUGGACGCGAAGGAAAAGCUGCGCGGCGCGGUCAAGGCGAAAAAGCCGAAGGAGGAUGGCGAUGCCCUGUUCAACAUCUUCAGGAGUGCGGUCAUGUGAUCAUGGCAGGGCUGCCGAUUGACGACGUUCACAGCGUGGGGAUCGAGAUUUCGUCUAGUGUUUUUUGUCAGUCUCGGCGGUCUUGGAUUUGUUGUGUUUAUUCUCGGACUUGGUUUCAAACGUUUCACACUCCAGCUAAGCAGUAGAAAGGCGAUGUUCUGCGAUGCGUUCGCCGAACUGGUUCUGUCUGCAUCUUUCCGGAGGAGAGCAUCUAUUUCCCCGGUGGCCUGGCACAGUCAGCGCACCGCGCUUGGAAGACCCGGUUCGGCGCGCAGCGCGCACGAAAAGGAUGCGAGCGAAGGAACAUGGAAGGAGGAUGCAAGGUACAAGG